AUGAAGUCUAUUGCGUUCUUCCUCUUUCUCCUCCCCUCAACCCUAGGAGCAACCAUCUACCUCGCCGGUGACUCAACCAUGGCCGCCGGGGGAGGCGGGUCAGGGACCAACGGCUGGGGUGAAUACAUCUCAUCCUCCAUCUCCGGUACCGUCACCAACAAAGCCAUCGGCGGCCGCAGCGCCCGCUCCUACACGCGCGAAGGGCGCUUCGAGGAAAUCGCCAAUUCCCUACAACAAGGCGACUACGUGGUGAUCGAAUUUGGCCACAACGAUGGCGGGUCGUUGUCCAGUUCAGAUAACGGCCGCACCGACUGCGGCGGCACAGGGGAAGAGACGUGCACGACCGAGUACGACGGGCAGACCGAGACCGUGCUCACGUUCCCGGCGUACCUGGAGAACGCAGCGAAGCUGUUUCAGGAGAAGGGCGCUUCCGUGGUGAUAUCCAGCCAGACACCGAACAACCCGUGGGAGACGGGGGAGUUUGUGUACAAGGCGACGCGGUUCGUCGAGUAUGGCAAGUUAGCUGCUGAUACUGCUGGCGUGGAGUAUGUUGAUCAUGGGGCGUAUGUGGCGAGUAUAUUUGAGUCGCUUGGGGAGGAUACGGUGAAUGGGUUCUUUCUAAAUGACCAUACGCAUACGAGUGCAGAGGGGGCGCAGGUGGUUGCUGAGGCGUUUCUGAAGGGUGUGGUGUGCAGUGAUGUUUCGUUGAAGGCUGUGUUGACCACGACGGAUUUUGACGGAGAGUGUCUGUAA